AUGGGCUCGUUGGAGGGGACCGUCGCGGAGAACGGCGGCGCUGCGGAGGCCGCCGCCGCCGCCGCCGCCACCACCACCGCCCCGAGCUGCAACGGGAAGCAGCUGGAGGAGAACGGAAACGCGGUAGACAUGGCCCAGACGGACGGCCCCCCGGCGUUCCCAGCGGCUGACUGCGGGGAUGGACCGGGGGCGACUGGAGUGACCACGAGGAAGGGCAGGUUCGGGGGGUUGGUGGCACUGCCGCUGGAGGUUGGGACGCGGAUGUUGUGCCGGUGGAGGGAUGGGAAAUUCCAUCCCGUCAAGGUCAUCGAGCGGCGUAAGCUGCCCCCGACGGUCUCUUUUUGCGGGGGCGGUCAUGAAUACGAGUACUACGUCCAUUACACCGAAUGUGAGUUGUCAUCUCUUAUGAUAGGGUUUUUGGUUUUUUUAUGCUAGAUUCAAUGUUCCCGCUUCUUUGAUCCUGCCAGUCGGGCGAGCGAGGGUGGAAAGUCAGAGUUGGGUAAUCUAGGGUUUGGAUUGGAAAAGUUUGUGGUGGCCUUUGCUAGCUACCGAAUUUUUCUCUUUAUAGGUGACGCGUAAAUUGGCGAAGGCUUAUAAUUUUGAGAGACAAUGAAUUGUGGAUGCUUUGAUUUCACGGUCGUCUUCUCGGUCUUCUUCUUGUCCUAGCAUAUUACUCCAUCUGGCGGUUUUCAUCACUUUUGGGUUUCUGUGUAGCCAUUUGGGUGAGCUAUUUUUGAAUUAACCCAACGUUUCGUUUGUGUCAUGUUAAAUUAGUAGUAGUGUCUUGUCUUUCAUGUCUUAAAUGUAUUCGGAUGCAUAUUCCAAUUUGAGGAAACUUUUGGUUUCUUAACAGCAGUUUUUUCAUAUGAAGAUGGACAAAUGAAGUAAAUGAGGAAACUUCUGUUUACUUGUGGUGAUUGAUAGGCGAAUUAUUUUAGUCGGAUAUAUGAACAAUUUGUUAAUAUUUAUUUAUUUAUGAUUCUUUCGAAGUCUCUUCUUGUUUAUUUGACAAUCAAUUGAGACGUGUGAACUUAAUACUGUCUUCGUAUAUGUGACUGAAAGUUUUGAAACACUUUGUAAAUUAAAAAAAUUAAUCUUUUCAAAGGUGCCGGCCAAAAGUGGGUAUCAUAUCUCAACAGGAUACCUGAAUAUCCUGAUGGAGGUGGGAGUAAUGUGCAGCAGUAAUUUUUUUUUUCUCGUUAUGUAUGAAACUAUCCUUGCAAAAGAGUAACUUUAAGCUAUCAUUACUUUGCGCAUGAUACUAGCUUGUUUUGACUCGGACUGAGAUGAGCCAUACGGGUUGGAUUUUCAAGCUUUGAUAUGCAUCAGGGGUAUUCAUGUCAAAGACUAGAAAGUUUUAGAGUGACUUUAGUGUCUUUAAAAAUGCUUUAUACAUAGAGAUGCGGUAGGGAAAGCCAUAAUCCUGUCAGUGCGAUCCAAGUUUUCUUUAAAAAUUAUUUUGAGUUACCUGGAGAUCGAAUUUUCCAGUCGUCAUUAUUUGGUGUAUGUUUUGUCCUUGGUUAUAUUUUACCAACCUCAAAAUGUCAUUAAAAGAACACUGAUGUGGCCGCAAAGUUUAUAUUACAGUUCUAUGUUAGCCAUCCAUGGUUUUCCUGGAGUGUCGAGAAAAUUUUCAUCUCAUCGUUAGAAUGGAGAUGCCUCCAUUAGGUGAACUGUAAAUAAUUGAACAUAAAUUGGGUUGAAAACAAUACUUUUCCUGAAUAUGCAUUUUUCGUAUUAUCGAAAUAUUUUUUGGGGAUAAAUUGCGCAUCCAACUUAGUUUCUGUUCUGAUGGUUUUUAAAAAAUCCAUCAUGCAGUCAACAGAAGGCUUGAUGAGUGGGUUAAGCUCGAUCAACUGGAUCUUGAUACAGUGGAGGCAGAUGUUGAUGAAAAAGUGGAGGAUAAGGUAUUUGUCUAAUUAUUGUUCUAUUACUUCAGGAAGCUUUACGUUGUUUGUGCGAUGACCAAUGACAUCAUUAUUAUUUAUCUGAAAAUUUACAAGACCUAUAAGCCUAUCAUUUGCCUCCGUGCUGGGGUGAUAGAUGUGCCAAAAUCACUCCACCAUUAUUGAUUAAUUGAUGGACAUAAAGAAUGAGUGAAGGGGGGUGGCAUUGUCCAUAAGUCAACCAUUUUUUAAAUAUCAAAUGCUCACCUUUUCAUGACAACCUUCAAAGGGAGGAAGUGGAAGGGAGGGGAAGCUAUUAUAUGCUAUCUUUUAAUUUGAGCUUAAAUGAACGGCUUUCCCUAUUGAGGCCGGGGAAGGGAGAGGAUGGAGGGUAAUGGGGGGAGCAGAUAAGGAGGGAGAAGAGGGAUAUUACACAUCACGUUUUUUGGCUUUGGUGAGCGGCUUUUAGCAACCUGGGGAGGGGGAGAUAAAGAGAGGAGGGAUGAUGCUCUUCCUAUUAGCUUGGACGAGUCCCUUCUCAUCGCAACCUAUCAUCUCUCCAACAAUCAUGAUGGAAAUCUUGAACAACUGCUUUUAGAAAAAAAUACGAGUGUGUUUAUGCUAUCCUAAAUCAGACUUUUCCUUUCUUAUUGCAUCCAGCCAUUUUCUUUUAACUUGGAGCAACUUUUCAUAGUAAGACAUAUUGUCCCUCAUUUGCAUCCUUGCAAUAAUAUUCUGCUUCUUGUUAAGAUUUCUGUAUAAUAUGCCUAACACAACUCUUUGUCGGUGUUGUUAUCAUAAUACGCCUUAAUGAUACCUCCCUUGAUUCUUCAUAAAAAGGUUGCUUGUCUUGCUUUUUGGAUUCUUAUAAUAUGACUGGUGGUGUAAUUGACAACACUUGGUGCCUGCCUUCCUUUUUUUCUUUUUCUAAGGUAUGCCAAUUCUAUGUGGAAUCUAGAGUUCAAAGACUGAAAAAUUGGAAACUCUCCCUCUUUUUGUUUCAUAGAUGUGACGAUGUAUAUACACGCAACUUUUUCUUUUAGCAUUUAUAUUUUUGAAUGGUCUGAGAGAUUUUCUUUCACAGGCAACAAGCUUGAAAAUGACACGGCAUCAGAAAAGAAAGAUAGAUGAGACACAUGUGGAGGUAUGCAGAGCGUUGGACUUUCACUUUGUUUUUGUAUUGGUUUAUUUACAUUUUCCAAUAACAAUGACGAUCCAGGAAACUUUCUGUGGGAGAAAAUUGGCAAAAAGUGGUAUGUUGGUGGGGAAUGGAUAGUGUCACCAUGACUCAUGCACCCUGAUAAAUCAUGUAUUGGAUACGAACAACUUGGCGAUUUGUUUAAGUUUUUCAAGACGGAUGUGGAAAUAUGUAGUUUUGUCGAACUUACUUCAAUAAAAAUGAUCCUUUGGAAAGUGGCUGGCUGAGGCUACCUGCUUAUGACAGAUUUUUUAUGGCUUGCUGAAGAAAAAUAUGAAUUUCGCAGCCAUAUUUUUCAAAAAUAGCUCGAUUUUCAUACCAUUCAGUUGUUUUUCGAAAAGCAGAAAAGGAGCUCAAUAAUCCAUCAUAGCAGGUUUCCCAUUUUUCAGUUUUACUCUAUGGAUUUCAACCUAACUAAGACAACCCUGUAUAUGAAAAAACAUUGUCCACAUACACCAUCAGUUGGGAUAUGUCAAAGAAAUUUUCAGAUUGCUCUAGGUGGCUGAUGCCUCCCUCGAGGAUCAGAAAGAGGUAGUAAGGAGCUUCAAUCAAGAGAUUUGAUAUCUUGAAACCAGAAUGGGAUUGAUUGGAUAAUAAAGAGUGGGAAAGAAUGAAGAUUACAUUUAGCCAAUUGGUCUAAGCAUUGAAGAAUAUUAUAGUGUAUGGCUUUAAUCCUAAGGCCUAUAGGAGACAACUUUUCACUAUCGCAUGAAACAUUUACUAUUUAGUCCUAUAAUUUUAAAUGCCUUGUAAUGCUAACAAGUCGUUUUAAUCUUUUGUGUUAAGAAAACUGAUGAAAGCUAUGUUUUUCUCAUAGCCAGGGCCAUGAAGAACUUGAUGCGGCUAGUCUGCGAGAGCAUGAGGAGUUCACAAAAGUAAAAAAUAUAGCUACCAUAGAACUCGGAAGAUAUGAGAUCGAGACUUGGUACUUCUCUCCUUUCCCGCCAGAAUACAAUGACUGUGUGAAGCUGUUUUUCUGCGAGUUUUGCCUCAAUUUCAUGAAGCGGAAAGAACAGCUCCAGAGGCAUAUGGUGAGCUUUUACAGAAUUUCUCUGUAAUCUGGAAUUACUUCCCAGCCAUCAGCUAUUCGCUAUAGGUUUCCUCACUUACACAACCAAAAUAAUGAAUUUGAUUUUUGAUUCAACUUCAUGCAGCUGAUUCCCUUCAAAUCAAUCUUUAGAUAUUCACACCAUGUUGUAGAUCGCGUACUGAAUAUUUGAAUGGAAUACAUCUCCCUGCAUAUGAUAUUCUAUGCUGCAGAGUCACUCCUACAUUUUUAUGGUGUGCGUAUUCAACGGUUUGAUUACUCAUAAAUCCUCGUAGAUACCAUGGAUUUGUUCUCUUUGGACUAUUUUACGUCCAAUGAAGAACACAAUCGAUCUAAUUAUUUUUAAUAUGAGGCUCAGGUAAACGUGUUAUUACAAUGUACAAUUUUUUUGUGAGAAACCUGAGUUCCCUGAUAAUAUUAUGUCAAGUAUGCAACGAAAUCCUGCUUUCUCUUCAUUUUAAAUCCCUAAUAUAGUUUUCCUGUCUUAUUCAGAGGAUAGCUCUCAGAACAUUGAUGACUGAUUAUACUAGACAAGAUUGCCUAACUUUGUAUGACAUAUAGCUCUGUGGUUUUCUUGAUCGACUUCGUGUCCUCUAUAUCUGCUUUUUGUAGCAAUACUAUGCAAAGACAAGUGUUCUUACAGAAAAAGAAUUGCUGGGUAGUCAUCAUGAGUUUGAUAUCAAGACAACUUCCGAGAAAGAUGAAAAUAUAAAACCCCAACGAAUGUGGUUCAUCCAAAAUUACAGUGCCUAAAAUUGUGGCCAUUUUCACCCUUUCUGGAGAGUGAUAGGAAUAUGUGAUCUUUACUAGAAAUGAUGACUGGAAACUGGUGAGAUCGGAAUAUUUUAUCUAUAAAUGAGCAGAACAGUAUCUAGGAUUUGGAUGUUUCAUCUUUAAGACCAAUUCACUUUUUCACUUGAAAAAAAGAAUUGAUUGUCAUCCACUUCGAAAUACGAAAUAGAUAAGAAGGGCUUUUCAAGUGAUGUUUCUUCUAAGCAUUCAUUGUCUUCAUCCUUCGAAUUAAGACUUAUUAUAUUUCUUUAUUUAUCAGAUUUUAUGGUUGGAAAAUUAUCUUCCCUUGGACCUGUUACCAGAAUGUUAUUUCUUACCUCUAUCCAACUAACAAAAACAUUCAGGUUUCAGUGUCCAGGAGAAAAAUAUAAUAAUUUUGCUACCUUUUGUCCCAGCAAUUAAGGAACAAAGUUUUUCAAGUCUUGAUGCCCGUCAAUUUUACGUGUCAGUCUUUCUUUAUCUGAUUAUUAUCACAUUUCAAUGCUUUUUAUGGUUUACUUUCUAAUUACCUGGCCUGUAGCUGUCUUCUUGGCUUUAAAUGGGUAAGUGAUGGCAGUUAGAAGUGUGAUUUUCAUAUUUUUCUGUAGUUUUAGUUAGAAGUGUGGAUUACAUGGAUAAUUCACACCCUUGUCUGAAACAUCAGAGAACAAAAUGGGCAUUACUUUCUUUGAGGAGCACAAUAUUCAUGAUUACAAAGGGAUAAUGAUAUGUUAAUACCAUCGGAAUUGCUUCUCAAGGCAUUUCUGUGCCUGCUUGGUUCUUUUACCUGAUGAUUUGGAUUAUCUUGUAUGCUUUCCAUCCUUAGUAGUUUCGUAUGUACUUUUCCACAGAGGAAAUGCGACCUCAAGCAUCCUCCAGGUGAUGAAAUCUACCGUUGCGGCACACUUUCAAUGUUUGAGGUGAGUUAUCUUGGGCUUCCUGAAAAUUUCCAAUAGCAGAAUUUUAGAACCUUCCACUCCUGCUGAUAUUCACUCUCUUUUGUGUCAGUCUAAUUUUACAGUCUGGCUUGUAUAGCUGCAGCUCCCUAACAAGUGCUCGAUUGUUGUUGUGUUUGGCACAAAGUAUUUAACUAGAUUUAGUGUCCUUCCCAUGUUUUAUAGUAUGAUCGCAGAUCGUAAGCCUUUUAUUCGGUAUUUUCCACAUGAGCACCCUGAAUUUAAUGAGGGCAUAUUUCUGUAGAGUCACCUGACACCCCAACUCUGCAGCCUUCAUCAUUGCAACUAUAUGUAAGAUAUUUCACUGUGAAUUCUAUCUGAUGUCCUUCUCCAGACUUUGUGGUCUUUGAUAUUGGCCAGAAGGGAUAGUUCUCAGCCUGCCUUUUCCCCUCUCGUCUCUCAUCCUUAACUCGUUUAGGUUCUUUUCGUGUACUCCCCUUUUUCAGAUUGCUUUCUUGUUAUGUUGGUUAGCAGAAUAAUAAAAAUCCUUGCCCAUUUUCCUGGCAAAGGAACUUAGAAGACUUCUGUAAAAUUAUCACCUUGGAAAUCCUUGCCGUGAAUUUCCAAAUCUGAUGAAAAAGGCAUGGUGUGCUUAGUGGCAGAGCUCUCUCAUACGAUCUAGGCUUCUCAUACUGCACUUGCUUGCCUGAACUAUUGGUUAGCAUUUGUUUCUCGCACCAAGCAUUUUUUCAGAAAGUAUGUAUGCCCUCCUUUUCUUUCUGAAUAAAAUCUCAAUGGUUUCUCUCAUACUUUCUAUCUUACAUCUUCAAACAGGUUGAUGGCAAGAAGAACAAAGUCUAUGGACAGAAUCUCUGCUACUUGGCAAAACUAUUUCUUGAUCACAAGACACUUUACUAUGACGUUGAUUUAUUUCUCUUCUAUGUUCUAUGCGAGUGCGAUGAUCGAGGCUGUCACAUGGUUGGCUACUUCUCUAAGGUGAUUGUUUCAGAUCUAUGUUUCGCCAUCGACCUAUUUACCAUCUAGUCGCUUGAUAUUUUGUUCGGUGGAUGGAAUUAAAUUUGCCAUUAUAUGAAGCUCACUUAAUGAGCAUGUUUCAACAGUUGCCUUCAUUUACACUGUCAAUGCAAUCUCAGUGAGAUGUUAGCUUCCAGUUGUUUUCGGUGAAAUUCUAAGCACUGGUAAACCUUAUGAUCAUGAACUGUUAUCUUUCUCACUUAGUGAACACUACAGGAUUUUAUUUUUUAUUUUUUUUGGGAGAGACCGGGGGGGCGACUUGUCUCAGUUCUAUUUUUAAAAAUCCUCCUAGUUAGCCUAAUUUUUUCAAAAUUGCCACUUAAUGUACAGUUAUGGAACUAGAAUGUGAGCUAGGCACUGUGCACUGACAUGCCAUUGAUUCUCUCGGUGAAGAUGAGGAAAAGGUGCCUGUCUUGCACUCCUUGGAUGUAGGAAGUAUCCUAGUUUGCCUUCUUGAGACUUUCUUGGGAACCCUACUCGAGAGAUCUAAACAUGGAUUUAACUACGAAUAAGCUACAAGAUCCUACAGGAUGAUCCUAGGAAUGAAGUGCCGGCCUGGAGAAUUUCUGUGUGAGCAAUUGUACAAAAACUUUCAAAAGAAAAAUAGUCUCGGGAUGAAGAAAUGACGUCAAGGGGUUCAUUCUUCAGCCGUAAGAAAAUGCUCCCCUUUCUUAGUAAAUAUGCUCUUCCAAUCAAUUUAGGUUAUUUCCUAUUAGGUUAUUUGCCUCUACCGGCUUGGGUUUGACUUUAUGCUUCCAACUCUGCAGGAGAAACAUUCAGAGGAGUCCUAUAAUCUGGCUUGCAUUCUUACCCUUCCUCCUUACCAAAGAAAAGGAUAUGGGAAAUUUCUCAUUGCAUUUUGUGAGUCUCUUUACAUUCUUCUCUUAUUUUUUUGUGGUCUGUCUUGUCGGAAAAGUUUGAAAUGGUGGUGAUUCUGACCAGCUUACGAGCUGUCCAAGAAGGAAGGCAAGGUGGGCACCCCUGAAAGGCCUCUCUCUGACCUUGGGCUGCUGAGUUACAGAGGGUACUGGACCCGGGUUCUUCUGGACAUCCUGAAGAAGCACAAGAGCAACAUCUCUAUCAAGGUGACCACGCCUAUUUUUCCUAGAUGUCUUCUUCUUCUUCUUCCCGUCAGGUCAACUCUCUGAUGUAGAAGAUGGAUCUGCCUGUCGUGGGUCUCCGUCAAGUUCCUAGAUUUUUGGAGGCUCGGUCUAUGUAUCAAUCAAUCUCUCUCCUCGCCCUUGUCUCAGGAGCUCAGCGAUAUGACGGCGAUAAAGGCGGACGAUAUCUUGAGCACUCUUCAGAGCUUGGACCUCAUCCAGUACAGGAAGGGGCAGCACGCCAUCUGCGCCGACCCGAAGGUGCUGGACCGCCAUCUCAAGGCGGCGGGCCGAGGUGGCCUGGAUGUCGACGUCAGCAAGCUGAUCUGGACUCCCUUCAAGGAACAGGGCUGA